AUGUCAGAGAAGUAUUCUGGUGAAAGAAAGUGGAUCAUACAAGAAGGUGGAGGUAGCAAAGAAGAUGAAGACAAAAAUGAAGAAAAAAGGCAGUUUGGCGGCUAUGCCAAAGAGACAGAUUAUGUGAUCCAUGCUGCCAAGCUGAAGUCUGCUCUGGGAAGUGAAGCUGCAUACCGCAAGGAUUUCUACUUCUGCAAUGGUUACGACCCCCCUAUGAAGCCUUAUGGGCGACGCAAUGAGGUCUGCAUACCUGAGGCUACAAUGAUUGACUUAUCUGGAAAACUCUAUACCAGUUCCAGGGUAGAUAACAGCGAAGAAGAUGCCGAGGUGAAGAAUGCGAGAAAGUACAUACUGAGAAGUUAUGAUCAUGUGUCAGUGAAAGGUCUACUACGGAACUCUGAUGAUCAGCUCUGGCUGCAUGCUGGUCAUACACUGGAUAACCUAUUAAAAGCCUGUGAAACAAGUUGUAUUCAAGGGCCAUCCUGUACAGGGAUCUGUAUCGACAUAACUUCAGGGCUUCCAGAAACUGUACUAGCUGCACCAGAGGUAUAUGGCCAGGGAAGUGUUAACGCACGGACAGUGCAACUUUGGUUCCAAAAAUUUCGACGUGGCGAUUUCAACCUUGAAGAUCAAGAAGGUCGCAGACGUCCUUCUGCUAUUGAUGAUGAUGAAUUGAAGGCUCUGGUGAAAGCAGAUACAUGCACAACUGUUCGAGAACUUGCCAAAGAACUCAGGCAACGAUCGGCUCAGUGGUUGGACUACAGUGAAGCUCCGCAGCACUUCCCAAAGCCGAAUCUGCACCAAAAGGUCAUGCUGACUGUCUGGUGGUCUGCUGCUGGUUUAAUCCAUCACAGCUUCCUGAAUCCAGGUGAAGCAAUCACGGCGGCGAAGUACAUCCAGGAAAUCAAUGAAAUGCACCAGAAACUUCAACGGCUGCGCCCAGCACUGGUCAACAGAAAGGGUCUAAUCCUUCUCCACGAUAACGUGCGGCCACACGUUGCACUUUUGACACUCUUCUCGCAAACGCCAACAGCAUCGGGAAAAGAAGACACCAAUGAUAACAUCACUAUAUUCACCAGGAUCUUGGAUGGUCUGCUGGACGGCUACGACAACCGACUGCGACCGGGACUGGGAGAGAGAAUAACUCAGGUGAAAACAGACAUCUAUGUUACCAGUUUUGGUCCUGUGUCAGACACAGAAAUGGAAUACACCAUUGACGUUUUUUUCCGACAAAGCUGGAAAGAUGAAAGGCUACGAUUCAAAGGACCUAUGCAACGCCUCCCUCUUAACAACCUGCUUGCCAGCAAGAUUUGGACCCCGGACACUUUUUUCCACAAUGGCAAGAAGUCUAUUGCUCACAACAUGACAACCCCAAACAAACUUCUGCGCCUGGAGGAUGACGGCACUCUGCUGUAUACCAUGAGAUUGACCAUCUCUGCUGAAUGUCCCAUGCAGCUUGAAGAUUUCCCCAUGGAUGCACAUGCUUGCCCAUUAAAAUUUGGAAGCUAUGCUUAUCCCAAUUCUGAAGUGAUCUAUGUGUGGACUAAUAGCACCACAACAUCUGUGGUGGUGGCCGAAGAUGGCUCGCGACUUAACCAGUACCACCUGAUGGGACAAACUGUAGGAACUGAAAACAUCAGUACCAGUACAGGCGAAUAUACUAUUAUGACAGCCCAUUUUCAUCUGAAAAGAAAAAUUGGUUAUUUUGUCAUCCAGACGUACCUUCCUUGCAUUAUGACUGUGAUCUUAUCACAAGUGUCGUUUUGGCUGAACAGAGAAUCUGUCCCUGCUAGGACUGUCUUUGGAGUAACCACAGUCCUCACCAUGACCACCUUAAGUAUCAGUGCCCGUAACUCUUUGCCAAAAGUGGCCUAUGCUACUGCAAUGGACUGGUUUAUAGCCGUCUGCUAUGCCUUUGUAUUUUCUGCAUUGAUUGAAUUUGCAACAGUCAACUAUUUCACGAAGAGGAGUUGGGCAUGGGAUGGCAAAAAAGCCCUGGAAGCUGCUAAAAUCAAGAAAAAAGAGCGUGAAUUGCUGGGAAAUAAAUCAACUAAUACUUACAGCACUGGGAAGAUGACCCCUGCACCAAACAUGCCAAAGGACUCAGCCCCAUCUGUCAUCUCAAACACUGCAUCUGCUCCAGUAAAGUCUGCAGAAGAAAAGCCCGCUGAAAGCAAAAAGACUUACAACAGCAUCAGUAAGAUUGACAAAAUGUCCCGGAUAAUUUUUCCAGUACUGUUUGGAACUUUCAACUUGGUUUACUGGGCCACAUAUUUGAAUAGGGAGCCUGUUAUUAAAGGUGCCAAUUCUCCAAAAUAAACUGAAGGACUCUAAAGCCACAUGUGAGCCAUACUUACAAAGCAGAUGCUACCAAGGAAAAUUUGAGAUCCAGAUGACUUUCUACAUUUGGGCAAUAUUCUUCAGGAAGUUUUUUGCAUGUUUAAUAAUAUGUACAAAUAAUAUUGCCUUGAUUGUUUCUACAUGUAACCUCAGAUGUUUCGGAGACGAUUAUACUACUUACAGCAACAGAUCUUUAUAAAAGAUCAGAAGACAUUGAACAUGGCUUCUUUGCUGAUGAGUAUCUUGCAUUGAUAGUUUACAAAUAAAAUAAGUUAUAUUUUUUAACUGUUCAAGUGUACUACAUAUCGUGGUUUUUAUACUUCAGAUGUAUAGUCAUACAAAUAUAGGCUUAACCUAUAUUUUACAGAAGAGCUCCGCUAUUGUCAUCUGAUAAGUUACUGAGUAACUCCAGUUGUAAAUGUGCCAAAUUAUUAAGUGUAGGGCUGUGUCUGAGCACCUUUACUGGUUAUAAGCAGUGCAUUACUCCACAGAUAAAACUGCUCAGCCCAAUUUUCAUUCAAAGUUAAUCCAAUGCAGUAAAUCCUAAUGGGGCCACGCUGAUUUUCACGGCUCGAGCCUCUAGCUUGCAGUGAAGUAACAUAGGGAGCAGGAUGCUACUUGUGUAAAUAAAGGUGGUGGAAUCUUGCCCUUAAAAGAAAAUAUGAAGUUUUUUUUGAUUUUGCAUUCCAAGGAAAUUUCUCAAAUAAUUAUCAGUAUUUAUUCCAAAAAUUAGAGAUAUUGCAUGAAAUUAACAUAGAUUAGGAACAUACUUGUGCAAAUAAAACUUUUAACAACAGCAGUAGACAUUUUUAUUAGGGUAAAGUAAAUUAUGUUUGGACAUUUUCCCAAGAAGAAGAUUGUGUUAUAUUAUCAGAGAUUAACAGUAAAUCUGCAAUAAUUAUUACUUGUUUCCCACAGCAAAAACCAAUCAGCCAACACUAAGAAGUGUGAUCAGUAAAAAAGAUGUGCUUCACAACAGCAAGGUGUUUCAGUGACAAUAUUGACAGAAAGGUCUCUGUACUGUCCAUCUGAAACUUUUCUAUAAAACGCCUUGCUGCUGCCAAUGUGUUUUGCUUUCACAAUGGAUGAGAAAAUGCAAUCUGAGUUUUCAGCUCCUUCCUUCUUGGCAUUCUUUCCUUGUUCCAGAAGCUUUUGUAAUUUAAUCUUAAUGUUUAAAUAAAAAAGGCAUUCAACA